GUUUGUGUUUAAUUAAAUUCCAUCACUCAUUACCACAAUAAAAAAUAUUUCAUUCAGCAAAUUGUCAAUUAUAUACAACACCAUCUUCAUUCCAAUUAAAAAAUAACUUGAAAUUGAAAGAAAAAAAUUCAAAAAUGCAUAAAUGUCGUCCCACUGGCGAAUGGAUGCACUACGAUGCCGACAUGCCAACACCAAAAUCCAUUACACAUGAUAUGCUUGAAGCCGGCCGCAAAACAUUAUCAAACAUAAAAAUAAUUGCAAGAAAACAAUUGAAUUUCCAAUCAUAUCCAAUGAACGAUUUCCGCUUCGAUUUACUGCAUUACGAUCAACCGAAGGAGUUUCAAAGUAUUUCGACGUAUAAACGUGAUUAUGUAGAAACGCUGCCGCCGCCAAAGUGUAAAGCUAAGAACAUGCUGGAAGUAGAUACACCGGAUCCACUUUUCAAUCGUAGAACAGUAAAUGAUUUCGAAAUGUUACCUUGGGUGAAUACGAAAUUUAUGGACGAUAAACUAUAUGAGUUGUCUGAAGCACGAAAGAAAAUCAAUUUCUUUAGACAAUUGCGAAAUCGAAGUUUUCAAUUUAUGUAGUGCGCUAAUUGUAGCAGAGCACGUAGUUAGAAGUAGUAUAAUGAAUCUCUAGACCAAAUAGAGCCAAUAAAAUUCUCCAAAAUUCUA